UUUGUUUUUAUUAAUUUCAGGCUGCAAGAGAAACUGGAGCUCUCCAAGCUGCCAAAAAUAAGCUUGAAAAGCAAGUUGAAGACCUUACAUUGAGGUUGCAGCUGGAAAAACGGCUGAGGAUCAACAUUGAAGAAUCAAAAACACAAGAAAAUGAAAAACUGCAAUCUGCUUUGCAAGCGAUGCAACUUCAGUUUAAAGAAACCAAGUUGUUAGUUCAAAAGGAGCGUGAGGCUGCAAAAAGAGAAGCUGAGAGAGCGCCUGUCAUACAGGAGGUUCCUGUUGUUGACCAUGCUUUGUUGGAGAAGCUCACUAGUGAAAAUGAGAAACUCAAGACCUUGGUGAGUUCAUUGGAAAAGAAAAUUGAUGAAACAGAAAAAAGAUAUGAAGAGGCAAACAAAAUUAGUGAAGAAAGGUUGAAGCAGGCUUUGGAUGCUGAAUAAAAAAUAAUCCAGUUGAAGACUACUAUGCAAAGGCUUGAAGAGAAAUUCUCAGAUAUGGAAACUGAAAACCAGGUUCUUCGGCAACAGUCUCUGCUAAACUCAUCUUCAAAAACAAUGUCAGAGCACCUUUCUACCCACAUAUCUGAGAAGUUGGAAAAUGGUCACCAUGUGCUGGAAGAUCAGAACAAUGCUGAAGCACAGAGUGUCACACCUGUGAAGAAGUUUGGUACAGAAUCUGAUGGCAAAUUAAGGAGAUCCUUCAUUGAACGUCAACAUGAGAAUGUUGAUGCACAUGCACUUGUCAACUGUGUUAUGAAAAAUAUUGGUUUCCAUCAUGGAAAGCCUGUUGCUGCAUUUACCAUUUACAAAUGUCUUCUCCACUGGAAAUCAUUUGAGGCUGAAAGAACAAGUGUAUUUGAUCGUCUUAUCCAGAUGAUUGGUUCUGCAAUUGAGAAUCAAGAUGACAAUGAUCUUAUGGCCUAUUGGCUGUCAAAUUUGUCUGCACUAUUGUUUUUGCUCCAGCAAAGUCUAAAAUCUGGUGGUGCAGCUGAUGCAACUCCUGUAAAGAAACCGCCAAAUCCGACAUCCCUCUUUGGAAGAAUGACUAUGGGUUUCCAUUCAUCCCCUUCUUCUGCCAACCUUCCUACCCCAUCAUUGGAUAUUGUACGCAAGGUAGAAGCUAAAUAUCCUGCUUUGCUUUUCAAGCAACAGCUCACAGCCUAUGUGGAGAAAAUAUACGGUAUCCUUCGAGACAACUUAAAGAAAGAAUUGGCAUCAAUGCUUUCGUUACGUAUACAGGAAAUGGGUGUCAUCUCUUGGAAGAUCCCAGCAUGUGGGAACAUGUGUGUUUGCUGUCCAGCUUUGAGGUCAAGAUCACGCCAGCCAGUCAAACGAUACAGAAAACUGCUUGCUGAUAUAUUCCCUAAGUCCCCUAUAAAACCUCGGUAUUCCUUCAGGAGAAAGGAAAUACGCCCUGGAGAGUUUCAGGUAUAAUUUGUUUUCAUUUUAAUGAUCUGUGACUAGUAUUUUUAUUUCCAUUUUCUUGCAAUCAUUAAAGUGUG